CUUUGAAGCCAUCCUGGUAGGCUUUGUUCUGAAUUAUGCUGGGAUAUGGGGGGGGAAGGAAGGGGGAAAGAGAAACGGUGAUCGUAGCUAUCCCAACAGGAGCUGUGACAAGCGGGUCGAAGGAGCAAGCAACAACACAAUUUUCUUUGCCAAAGGGUCAAAAGGUCGGGCCCAGGUCGUUGGGAGUUUUGCGCAGAGUGAUGGCGCCUAAAGGGCAGUCCACAGCAACGGCGGGUCUAGUGAACAGGCCAAGCUUAAAGAAGCAGACUGGGGGGGGGAGGGAGGGGAGGAAAGAGGGUCGAUAGGAGGGGAGGGAUGUGCCGUGUAGUGUGUGGGAGAGAGGAUCAGGGGGGGAGGGGGGUGUGGUUCGUGGAACUUUGCAGCGGGCGUAAUUGAAGAUGGACCAGCAGGUGGUUUCCCAGGAAAGCUGCAAUUCGUCUGAUUCUAAACCGUCUAUGGAAACAAAAGUCAAUAAGAAGAGCUUCGAGAAGUUCUUUCGAGUGGAUUCUAGGAGGUCAAGAGAAAGGGAGGAGAGGAAAGAUAGGGUGGAGAGAUUGAGAGGGGAAAGGGGAGAAAGACAGAGCCCGAGAAGGAAGGCGAUGAUUAAGGAGCGGUUAGUUAGAGAGGAAAAAGAGUGGGGAUGGCAGGGAAGGACAAGCCCAGACAGAAGGAGUCUAGAUAGUGAACUGACUACGACUAGUAUACCUACUAGUAGAGUAGGAAUCGAGGAAGUGAGAAAGAGCAAUUAACGGAGAAAGAUAGUUAAUCAUCA